CAGGAGCAGUUCAGUCUGUACGCUCUGUACAGCAAGAACAAACCAAAGUCCGACGCUCUGCUGGCAAACCACGGAAACUCCUUCUUCAGGAGAAAGCAGGUGGAGCUGGGCGAUAAGAUGGAUCUGUCGUCCUACCUGUUGAAGCCCGUUCAGAGGAUGAGUAAGUACGCCCUGCUCCUCACUGACCUCAUCAAGGAGGUGGGCGUGGCCCAGGAGGCGGAGCUCGUCGCCCUGCAGGCCGCCACUAACAUGGUCAAGUUUCAGCUUCGCCACGGCAACGACCUGCUGGCGAUGGACGCCAUCAGAGACUGUGAUGUGAACCUGAAGGAGCAGGGUCAGCUGAUCCGUCAGGACGAGUUCACUGUCUGGACUGGAAGGAGGAAAUGUCAGCGUCACAUCUUCCUGUUUGAGGAGCUCAUUCUUUUCAGUAAACCUAAGAAGAUGGAGGGAGGUUUGGACGUCUUCAUCUACAAACACUCCUUCAAGACGGCAGAUGUGGGUCUGACGGAGUCAACAGGAGACAGCGGGCUGAGGUUUGAGAUCUGGUUCCGGAGGAGGACAUCCAAGAAUCAGACCUUCACCCUUCAGGCCGCCGCGCCAGACGUCAAACACGCCUGGACUGGUGACAUCGCCCGGAUCCUGUGGACCCAGGCCACCAGGAACAAAGAGAUGCGUCUGAAGGAGAUGGUGUCGAUGGGAGUGGGGAACAAACCGUUUCUGGACAUCCAGCCGAGUGAUGCAGCCAUCAGUGACCGAGCUGUUCACUACAUCAUGAAGAGCAGAGGUGCCAGGACGAGGGCGUCCAUCGCCGUCUCCGCCUUCGAUCACGCUAACCCUUUUAAACGGGGAGCCUUGACCUCUGACCCUGCAACAUCGGGACCUUCUUCCUCCAGCCUGCUGGGACCGCUCAACUUGCACAUGUACAGCCAAACCCUCGCCCCCUCUCCUGCUGCUGAAAGCUCAUUCAUCACUUCCUGUAUUGAAGAGGACGAGCAGGAACACGAGACCAGCAGCCAGCCCUCCAUGACCACAGAGAGUUCAGGUUCGUCGUCUCGCUGUCUCUCCGGCUCCACUGGCUCCGACAGCGGCUGCGUCUCCUCCCACCUCCAGGAGGCGCUGCCGGAGGAGCCCAGCCCUCCCAGCCAGCCCUCGUCCUCCUCCAACAAACAGCACCUCAGCAGCCAGUACAUUUCAGCUAAAUCUGCUCCAAUCAUCAGCCCGGCCACCAUGGUGUGAGUGAGCCCACCUGAUGGACUCGAGGGUAAGUCGGCGCACCCGUACC